AUGGCGCGGGCGGCGGGCACGCGGGGCUGGUCUGCACGGUGCGGGCGCUGGCGGCGGGGCGCGCUCCUCGCCUUCGCCGCGUGGACCGCCGGCUGGGUGCUGGCAGCCGCGCUCCUGCUCCGCGCACACCCGAGCGUCCUGUCCGAGCGCUGCACGGACGAGAAGAGCCGGCGCAUCCUGGCUGCGCUGUGCCGGGACUACCGCGGUGGCUGGCUCACGGGCGCCCUGUGCGAGGACCUUUGUGUGGCCGGGGAGCUGCUGUACCAACGCUGCCUGUAUUACGAGCGUGGGAAGAAGGUGCUGCAGGCCCAGUGGCGCGGCCAGACCGUUGUUCUCAAAUCCAAGAGGGAGGCCUUCUCCAGCUUCCCGCCCCUCACUCUGCUGGAGGAGGAGGCAGGGCCAGGUGCUCCGGGAAUCCCUGAGGCUGAGCUGCUCCUCAUGGUGGCUGGGGAGGUCAAGAACACGCUAGGGCUGGAGCUGCCCAACAACAGCAUAGCCCCGCUGUGGCCCGCCAGGCAGGGCCCUGGCUGGCGGCAACAGCUGGCCAGUGCGUGGUCACUGCUCCAACAGGAGGAAUAUGUGUACUUCAGCCUGCUUCCAGAUCUGAGCCGCCACAUCCUACCCGUGCUGGGAUCCUGUGGUCACUUUUAUGCAGUGGAGUACUUGGCUGCUGGUAGCCCUCACCACAAGGCUCUCUUCCCACUGGAUGACGCUGGCCAAGCCCAGGCUAUUAGCCACAUUGCCCUCAGCUUCCUGGACAUGGUGAGCCAUUUCGACAGUGACUUUUCCCACCGCCUCCACCUCUGCGAUGUCAAACCUGAGAACUUCGCCAUCAAGAGGGACUUCACGGUGGUAGCUAUUGACGUAGACAUGGCCUUUUUUGAGCCUAAAAUGAGGGAAAUCCUUGAGCAAAACUGCACAGGAGAUGAAGACUGCAAUUUCUUCGACUGUUUCUCCAAGUGUGAUCUGCGAGUGAACAAAUGUGGAGCCCAGCGCGUCAACAGUAACCUGCAGGUCAUCUGUGAUAAAAUAUUCCGACACUGGUUCUCCUCCACACACGGGAGCCCGGCCAUUUCCCCGCAGCUUUGGCUGCAGCUACAGCAGGCCGUCCAGGAGUGUGCUCAGGACGGGAGCCCCUCAGGGAAUUCCUGGACAGCCUCCUCCAGUGUGUUCUGGAAGCUUCGAUGGCUCUUGCAGGCCACUCUGAAAGAACUGCAGGAGGCGGAGAAGUAG